AUGGCGGAAGCUGCCCAAGGUCCACCAACCUUCAAACUGGUCUUGGUCGGUGAUGGUGGCACAGGAAAGACCACCUUCGUCAAGCGCCAUCUUACAGGAGAAUUCGAAAAGAAAUAUAUCGCCACACUUGGCGUCGAAGUUCAUCCCCUCGGCUUCUCAACCAAUCUUGGUCAAAUCCAAUUUGACGUCUGGGACACCGCCGGCCAGGAGAAAUUCGGUGGUCUAAGAGAUGGUUACUACAUCAACGGGCAGUGCGGCAUCAUCAUGUUUGAUGUCACCUCGCGAAUCACAUAUAAGAACGUCCCCAACUGGCAUCGUGAUCUCGUCCGAGUGUGUGAAAAUGUCCCCAUUGUCCUCUGCGGAAACAAGGUCGAUGUCAAGGAGCGUAAAGUCAAGGCCAAGACCAUCACAUUUCAUCGCAAGAAGAAUCUUCAAUACUACGAUAUUUCGGCCAAGUCCAACUACAAUUUCGAGAAGCCUUUCCUCUGGUUGGCACGAAAAUUGGUUGGCAACUCUCAACUCGAAUUUGUGGCCGCUCCAGCUCUUGCACCACCUGAAGUCCAGAUCAACCCGCAACAGCUGGAUCAGUAUCAGAAGGAGAUGACCGAGGCUGCCGCAAUGCCACUGCCUGAUGAAGAAGAUCCUGAUUUGUGA